CCGAAGUCAGCAAAUAUGAAACUGUUCGUGAUCGCCACCCUCGUAGCAGCAGCGGCAGCAGCUCGCUUGGACCAUCUGGAGAAAGGCUACCUUCCCCCAGAAUCCCAGAGCUCGUCUUCUCAAAGCUCAGGUGGACAGAGCUACUCUGGAUCCAGCAGUGGAUCCUACGGGUCAAGUGGACCAUCUAGCUCCAGUGGAGGUGAAUUUGGAAGCCUGCAAAGUUCUGCCACUUCCAACCAGUACCUUCCUCCUGAUCAUGGCCCAAGUGGAGGCUCCAACGCCGCCCAAACCUUCAGACCGUCAAGCAAUGGCCAAGGAUCUCAAAGUGCCCAAUACCAGUCUCAGUCUGGAUCUCCAAGCAACCAGUACCUGGGUCCACAGUCGUCUCAAUCAUCAGGCUCCUUCAGUUCCACUCAGCAGCCUUUUGAUGAAGAGACCGGAUACCAUUACAAGAAAUAACCCAGUACUUGGUUAGACCUU